AUGGUGCAGGGGUAUGCUGCUUGGUAUAUAGAGCUAUCCCAUUUCACGCAGUGUUUGAUCUCUAAUGAGUACGAUAAGACUCAGGGGUUCAAGAAGGGCUUGAGGAAAGACAUCCAUAGGUUGGUGGGUAUGCUACAAAUCCGUGAGUUUUCGGUUUUGGUGGAUAAGGCCACUGUGAUCGAGAUCGGCAUCCGGGGGGAUGAGGUGGAUCAAGAACCGAAGAAGAGGCCAGUGUCAUCUAGUUCUCAUCAGGGAUCAUGGAAGAAGAGGAGCCAUGGCUCAGGUUAUUACCAGAAUACUGAGCAUCAGGGUUCCCAGGUGGAUCAGACGCUUGAUCAUUGUAUCAGGUGCCACAGAUGGCAUGAAGGUGAGUGCCAGUUAUUUGGGGGUUACUAUUACAGUUGUGGCAAAUUAGGCCACAUGGCUCGUGACUGUCGCGCACCAAAGAGAGACAUGCCUACAUCUAGUGUGAACUGGGGUAGUAAUCAGAUACCUCAGGGAACUAGCCAGGCGAACACAGCUCCUGCAAGGGUAUAUUCUCUUACUCCGAUGGAUGCUAACUGUGCGGGGAAUGUAGUGACAGGUGGAACCCAUUCUUUUGUAUCUGUGAACUUCGUAAAGUUGUGUGGGGUUAAGACCCAAGUUAUGAAUAAGGGGUUAUCUGUAGCUACACCAUAUGGAAGUGUAACAUCUUGUAGGAGGAUGUGGGGAGGCUGCCCCAUGAAAAUUCAGGGAAGGCUACUACUGGCGAAUCUUGUGGUGUACGAUAUGUCUGGGAUGGAUCUUAAAGGCAAAGGCAUGGAUGAAGGAGGGGGAAGCGAAAUGGGAGCUUCCAGCGCGGACGAGAUUGACACCUCUCGACUGUUACGAGGAAUAACUCGUUAG